GACAGGUAGUCCAACAGCUCGAGCACAAAUAUCAAUACAGAGACACUUGUAGAAAACCUCCUCAACCAAAUUCGCGACAUCGCCAUCGAUAGAAGAAAGUCCCGAACAAGAAGUCCUCAAAAUGCCAUCCAAGCCAACCGGAACACCCUCGUCCAAAAAGCCGAAACCCCUCUUCAUCCUCCCCAAAUCUCACUUCGACAAAGCCAAGUCCUCAGAAGACCCCUUCGCCAAGCGCCCGCCGACUCCGUAUUACCCUCCUGCCCGCCAGUCUGAAGGGGAGAGUUCUGGAGUCGGUGAUGAGAAGGAAAAAGACCAGAAGGAGGAUAUCAAGGAUGCCAAGAAGCAGAACUAGGCAGAAGCAGAGUAGGCUGCGCUACGUAUGUAAAAUCUAGCACCUGGAGGUUUCGUGUUUCUUUGCUUUCCUGCCAGUACCUUCAUCAAGACACACUUUACUUCUUCC